GAUAGAGUUCAGACGUGCCGUACGACGCGACACUACGAAAAACACGCGGCAAACUCCGUAUCUAGUAAUCAAUAAUAAAACAACAUAACAGGGAAUUAUUUAUAAACAUUUCUGCAUAAUACUACAACAUUAAGAGUUUGUGAAUAAGUGAAUGAUUUUCAGUGAUCCGUAAUUAUGAGAUCUUGUGGAGCGAUCGACUGAACAUCUAACACUGAAAAUGACUGAAACUGGCGUCACGUGAAGAUAGUGAAAGUUAUUACAUAAUAAUUUAUCCGUUUAAUAGUGGAAUCAGUGCAUACGUUGGAACUGUGACAUUAAAUUGUGUAUAACGUCAUGUUGUGUGAAAGGCCUUUACUCUAUAUCUCUUUGUUCAUCGCUUUUGCCGCCCCGCUCACUAAUGCUGAAAAUGCAAGCACACAAGUUGGAUUACCGCACGAAAGCGAAAUAUCGCGAACGAAUCUAACGAAUAUGUACGCGUGGAGCUCCUGGGGCACGUGGAGCGCUUGCUCGAAGACUUGCGGCGGCGGAGUGGCCGUGCAGGAGCGGCAGUGUCUCCCACGGGAUCCUACCAGAUGGCGCCGCAGUAGGAAAAGAAGGAAGCUGGUUCGGAGUACAGACAGACUGAGAAGAUCCCGAGAUGCAGUCAACGUGCCCGACUGUCCCGGUUUGGCAAGACGAUAUCAUGAAUGUAACACAGCGCCAUGUCCCGGGCCAGUGCGCGAUUCUCGGACUGAGCAAUGCUCCGUGUACGACCGCAGGCCUUUCCGUGGAAGAUUCUACACCUGGGUGCCGUACGUUGAUGGUAACGCGCCUUGUACACUGAACUGCCGACCUCGAGGACAGCAGUUUUAUGCGUCGCUUGCGUUGGUAGCUGAUGGGACGCCAUGCACAAAACCUGGCUUCCGGGCUAUAUGUGUGCAGGGGUCGUGUAAGGUGGUAGGUCGAGAAGGUGUGCUUACCUCCGCGACGCGCGAGCUGCAAUGCGGAAGGCGUUUAGUAUCUGGCCUUUUCUCCCGUCCUCGCCUGCCCCUCGGCUACUCCUAUGUAACGACGGUUCCAGCUGGAGCUUGCAGACUGAACGUCUCCGAAAUUGUGUCCAGCGAAAAUUAUAUUGCUUUGCGAGUUACGAAUGGCUCGUAUAUUGUUAACGGCGAAUUCGCUGUUAGUGCCCCAGGCAACUAUGAAGCGGCUGGAGCACGUUUUAUAUACUCUCGAGCUGGUGGACUCGAUAAUAUAUUUGCAAUGGGACCUAUACAUCAAGCCAUCGACAUUAUGGUUCUAUAUACGCAACCGCAUCCGAACAUUAAAUAUGAGUACUUGACUGAUACAUUGCCAGAUGAAACCAGUAACGAUAUUCCAACCGAGAGCAAUGCAACUCCGCAUCACCCAAUGCAGAGACAUCAUCGCCAUCAUAACGCUGAAUCUCACACGAAAGUAUUGGAUAAGUCGGAUCCAAGCUUAUCAAAACACCCAGAUUAUACGUCGAAUGAAAACCCGUACCAUGUGGAGAGUAAUAUUAUUGGAAAUCGACGGUUUAUGUGGAAGAUUCUUUCAUACACGCAAUGCUCACGAUCGUGUGGAGGCGGGCUUCAGAUUGGGAAAUUCAAAUGUGUAGAGCUGGGUCAAAAGGAGGAACGGGAAGUGUCCCCAGCACAUUGUACAGGCGCACCUCCAGCUUCGAGGAGGAGACGGUGUGGAACAAACCCUUGCCCGCCUCGUUGGAGAGCCGCUGCGUGGGGACCCUGUCCAGUGUGUGGUCCAGCCCAUAGAACGAGAAUUGUGGGCUGUGUGCAAGAUCAUGCACGUGGAAUCACAAAGAUCAGUGACCAAAAAUGCCCUCUACCCAUGCCACCUAAUACUGAACCUUGUGACAUUCCCAACUGUGAUGGGACAGCUAUUGCAUCUAAGACCCCAAGACUUGACUCCAGGCGGCAAGUGCGACCAAAAGACCACAUAGAAACAUUCCGCGAUGCUCCUGCUAUAUCUCUAGCUAGUAAUGUGUCGGAUAAUGAAGUCAGUCCCACUUUGGGACCUUCGUAUAGCUUUACAGCUGCCGGAGGAUGGCUUUAUACGGAAUGGUCAGAAUGUGUCGGCUGGUGCGUGGGGGGUGGCGUGCAGUCCCGCGGCGUGCGCUGCGCCGACCCGGCUGGCUGCAAGCAGCGCCCGCCGCACGCCUCGCAAACGUGCUCCGCUAAGAAACAAUGUGAUGCACAAUGGUUCACUGGGGACUGGUCUCCAUGCUCAGCGGAGUGCGGUGGUCGGCAAAUCCGUGGAGUAAUAUGCAUUGGUGGGAACGGUAGGAGGCUGAGAGAUUCUUCCUGUAGAGCACCAAAGCCGGAGGCUGAGCGAGAGUGUGGAGGGACCUGCUCACCUUCCUGGUAUCUGAGUGAUUGGGGAGAGUGCACCGGUCCUUGCGAGGCCGGCGUGGAGUCCCGUACGGUGUGGUGCGCGCGAGGCGGCGCGGCGGGCGCGGCCGGCGCGGCGCGCGACGGCGAGUGCCCCGGGGUCCGCCCGCCAGCGCGGCGCUCGUGCGUGCCCGCACGGUGCUCCACGCGCCCGCAAGAGCAGCCCAUCAAUGCUGUGCAGGAUACCCAAAACCGAGUGACCAGGCACCAAAAUCCAAAUCCCAAGGUGCAGAAUGUGAGGCAGCGUACAUAUAGCGAUGGGGCAUGUGUGGAUAAACUCAGUAACUGUGUGUUGGCGGUGCAGGCUCGUCUCUGUCACUACCACUACUAUGGCGACAACUGUUGCCAAUCUUGCCACGGCCGGUAAACUGAUUGCAUAGGCGCCAACAGGACAAGCGACUAUGACUCAUAGUAUUGUGAUACAAUGGACAAUUAGUGAAUACAUUCUGAUAAAGUACUUGAAGUCAAUAAUUUUUUCGCAUAUAUUUCUGAGUAGAGUCGACUCCGAUAUAGUUGCAAUCUUAAUUGUAUUUCAGUAAGAUAGUAAUAGUUUUGUGAUCUCCAGUAUAUAAGUCGAGAAACUUGUCAGUCUUUUCUUUCGUGACUCGAGCUGGUCACAGCAGAACGUAGGUUUUUGUAGUGGCGAAUGCUCAAAUCAUGAAAGAAAUCGCGGAGGUGUGAAUGGUUCGAAAAUUUUAAUUAAAAAAAAAUAUGUACCAAUGCACUAUAUUUUAUAUUCAACGCACCUUAACAAUAAUUAUUAAACUAUAACUUGCCUCAAUACUUAACUUGAUUCAUUACGCCGAAUUUUCGAAUAAUAUUUAAAAGUAGAGAUUUUCAAAAAUUUGUAUUAUAAUUAGUUUAAGAUCUUCGAUUUUAGAUUUUAAAGGUAGUCAUUUAAAUUGUAGGUUAUGUGAUUAUUAGAUAUAGUCAAACGAUAGUAUUUCUUAUCAUGUAAUUAUAACAUAGAACAGUUAAUCUUUUUUAAUUAUAUUCGCAUCCGCAAAUAUAGUGUGUUCAUUAUUUAUUGAUACUGUAAAAUGGCUUAAUUUAAAUUGUAACUAGAAUGAGUUGCAAUAAAUUAUCAUGCUUUCAUUGUUAUAAAUUUUGACCAUUACAUAAUAAUUAUUUCAUAGAACAUUCUAGUGCACGUUAAUUUAUAGAGAAAUAUGUAAAUAGUUAUUUUUAUGUAUAGCGCAUUUAUUUACUGGCUGUUAAGUAUUUAUGUUAUAGGUUAUAGAGCGCAACCGCCAUAAUUUAUACCAUCACAAUUGUUUUAUUCAACAUAAUGUGUCUAUACUAAUAACGCAUAUA